AUGGACCCUACAGAGCCUUGUAGAAAUAUGCCUCUGCCUGGAGAAUCCGGAGGUCCAGAAGAAAGGCAUUUGUGUCGAUUAUCCGGUGGAAUGACAUUAGAAGAACUCCAUCAGUGGCGAGAGAUAUUGAUGAUAAAUCCAAUGAUGGCCAUGAACCCUCUACUGCCAGCAUCAGGGCAGCAGAAAAUUCCACUGAUUCCCUCACCAUUUGAACCUCCAAGUGUGGAUAGAGAUUUAUUGCCUCCUACUGUAGCACCAGCUGACCCAAGACAGUUUUGUGUUCCUUCCCAGUUUGGAUCUUCUGCUCUAUCAAAUGCAAACAUGCCAAACUUGCUGUCCAAUCGUGUCUACUCAGGUUGGGGCAUUUUGCCACCUGAAUCCGUAAAAGCAAUGGCUAGAAGGAAUGAAAUGAUUCAAAGGCAGCAUACUGCCAGGAUGGAAAUGGAAAUGCAUGCCAUUUACCAGCAAAGGAGAAUAGAAAAAGUUAAUUCUAAGGGACUAGCAGGCCUCGGGAUCCCGUUCAUUUAUGGCUCCAGUAUCCCUGUGGGCCCAGCCACCUUCCAUGGCAGGGGCAUGCUCCCAGCCAGUGACAUGCACGUUCACCGAAGCACCCUGAGAAACCUUCCGGGAAACCCCAUGAUAGUGGCGACUGGUCCGCACUUUACAGAGAACUGGGGGCAGAAAUGUCGUCGUCUCAGGAGAGGUACCGGGAGUCAGAAAGUUCUAGACAGUGACCCUGAGAGUUCUAAACGUCAAGUAGAAGAAAAGCCCCUAGGCCAAACCCGUGCAGUUCUCUAUGAAGAGAACGAGCAUACCAAAGACCCAGAAAUGGAGGCUCUGGACAAUCACACAUUGGGUGAAACCAGUGAAAAGCCACCUACAGCUCUUGCUGACACCUGUGGAGAGCUGGAGCCCAGCCACAGAAAGCCCUGGGGAACUCAGGGAACCCCCCUGGAAGAAAAGGCUUGGGACGACGGGAAGGAGAAGGCCUCAGAGCAUGGUUUGGCAGCCUGUGGAGAAAAGAAUGGGGUGUACCCCCCAGCUCGUGGAUCAACUCAGCCAGGAACACACGUCCUGCUUACAAUCAAGGAAAAUCUAUCUUUGAAUGAAGAUAUUCAGAAAUGGACCGUGAAUGAUGUGUACAACUUCAUUAGUGGCCUUCCGGGUUGUUCAGACUAUGCUCAGGUAUUUAAAGAUCAUGCAAUUGAUGGAGAGACUUUGCCAUUACUCACAGAGGAACAUCUUCGAAGUGCUAUGGGAUUAAAGUUGGGACCAGCACUGAAGAUUCAGUCACAGGUAUCUCAACAUGUGGAAAGUAUGUUCUACAAGAAAAGUCUUUCACUUCCUACCCACGCAAAACAAGCAUUCGAUCAACCAACAGAUACAAACCCGCUUUUGGGUUUUAACUCCUGGAGUAAUACAUUGGACAUUCCUUGUUCCCAGGAUAUGAUCAUUCCUAAAGGAACUGAGCGAGAUAAUAUGAGAAAUUAA